GCCUCCCUCAGUCUCUGCCAGGCAUGGCAGCAAUCUCAAACCUUUCCUUUGCUGCGUUUCUAUAAACGCUGUAGAAAAAGUUGCUCGCUCCUCCCCUCGCUGAAAAAACCCUACAGCCGGCUCCUCAUAGUGUGCCAUAGAGUCGACAGGCUCUCGGGCCAGAAGGCCUGAGAAAACACGGCUGUCGCACCCUAAGAUCGCCACAUCCGGUUCCCGGUUUCUAUGGUAACAGCUGCAGGCACAACUUCGUGCCCUAUGACCUCCUUCCAAAAAUCCUUGUUCCACCUGGGUUUCCCUCCUCGGCCGCGCGCUUGCACUUAGGUGCUGCUUACCAUCGUUCCCACGAGGAAUUUGGGUCCCAGCAGGGCGGUGCCCAGGGCUCUCCAGACCACCACUCGCCCCUCAAGACCUCUCACCCUGUCCCCAGUGUAGCCCAUCAACUUGGCUUCCUUCCCGGGACGCGCAGUCGCGACUUUCCUCUAAGGUCCAGCCGGAGGAUUUGUAAAGUAGGUUCUGCGCGUCCACGCCCCUUUAUCCCGCAGGUGGUAGGACCCGCCCUCCGCUCCACCGCCCCCUCCAGGUGAGUGGUAGCUUCUCCCCGGCUCGCAAGGUAGUGAUGACACGCGUCCCCCCUCCUCCAAACGCGAUUUGGUAGCGUCCGUGACGAAGUUAGCCCGACCCUCCCACGCGCGCCUCCUUCCUAGCCGCUGCUGCGCCCUCUCAGCUCCACUGGCUCUCACGUGCGGGUAGUCCACCCCGCAUCCUCUCGCCUCGCUCCCAGUGGAAAGUGACUGUAUUUCCCCCUGGUUGCCUUCCACCCGGGCUGCCUGGGCGCAUCGGCCUGGUCCGCCCGCUGACGUCACCUUCCAGUCCCGCCCCCUCCAGUGUCCCGGGCCCUUGCGGCGGGGGCUGGCUCGGGGGGAGUCAGUUGAGGCGGCUGGAGCUCGGCGAAGGGCGGGCCAGGUGACUGGUCCGGGCCAUGCCGAGGAAGAAGCCUUUCAGCGUGAAGCAGAAGAAGAAGCAGUUGCAGGACAAGCGGGAGCGGAAGCGAGGGCUUCAAGAUGGGCUGCGAUCCAGUUCCAACAGCCGCAGCGGGAGCCGGGAGCGGCGGGAGGAGCAGACCGACACCUCGGACGGGGAGUCUGUGACCCAACAAAUCCGCAGGCUCAACCAGCAGCCUUCCCAGGGGCUGGGCCCACGAGGCUAUGACCCAAAUCGAUACCGGCUGCAUUUUGAACGAGACAGCCGGGAGGAGGUGGAGAGGAGAAAGAGAGCAGCCCGGGAGCAAGUGCUACAGCCCGUCAGUGCUGAGCUGCUGGUGCUGGACAUCUGGGAGGUCUAUCAGCCCGGCUCCGUCCUGGACUUUCCCCGACGUCCUCCUUGGAGCUAUGAGAUGUCCAAGGAGCAACUGAUGAGCCAGGAGGAACGGAGCUUCCAGGAGUAUCUUGGGAAGAUUCAUGGGGCUUACACCUCUGAGAAACUCAGCUACUUUGAGCACAAUCUGGAGACGUGGAGGCAGCUGUGGCGAGUAUUAGAGAUGUCUGACAUUGUUCUGCUAAUUACUGAUAUCCGACAUCCAGUUGUGAAUUUCCCACCAGCAUUUUACGAGUACGUGACUGGAGAGCUAGGGCUGGCCCUGGUGCUGGUCCUGAACAAGGUGGAUCUGGCCCCGCCGGCUCUCGUGGUUGCCUGGAAGCAUUAUUUCCAUCAACACUAUCCCCAGCUCCACAUUGUUCUUUUCACCUCUUUUCCUCGGGAUCCCUGCACCCCACAGGACCCUAGCAGUGUCUUGAAGAAGAGUCGGAGGCGGGGGAGAGGAUGGACUCGGGCUCUGGGGCCGGAGCAGCUGCUGAGAGCCUGUGAAGCUAUCACUGCGGGGAAAGUGGACCUGAGCAGCUGGCGGGAGAAGAUUGCCCGGGAUGUGGCUGGAGCCACCUGGGGUAAUGGCUCUGGGGAGGAGGAGGAAGAGGAGGACGGGCCGGCCGUCCUGGUGGAGCAGCAGACUGACUCAGCGAUGGAGCCAACAGGCCCCAUACGGGAGCGCUACAAGGACGGGGUGGUGACCAUCGGCUGUGUGGGUUUCCCCAAUGUGGGCAAGUCCUCGCUGAUCAACGGGCUGGUGGGGCGGAAGGUCGUGAGUGUCUCUAGAACCCCGGGCCACACCCGAUACUUUCAGACCUACUUUCUCACCCCCUCCGUGAAGCUCUGUGAUUGUCCAGGCCUCAUAUUCCCCUCGCUUCUGCCCAGGCAGUUGCAGGUCCUGGCAGGGGUCUACCCCAUCGCCCAAAUCCAGGAGCCAUACACUGCCGUGGGCUACCUGGCCUCCCGGAUCCCUGUGCAGGCCCUGCUCCACCUGCGCCACCCAGAGGCCGAGGACCCCUCCGCGGAACACCCGUGGUGUGCCUGGGACAUCUGUGAAGCCUGGGCAGAGAAACGUGGUUACAAGACAGCCAAGGCGGCCCGAAAUGAUGUGUACAGAGCGGCCAAUAGCCUCCUGCGGCUGGCACUGGAUGGCCGCCUCAGCCUGUGUUUUCAGCCCCCAGGCUACAGCGAGCAGAAAGGCACCUGGGAGUCCCACCCAGAGACCAUGGAGCUGGUGGUUUUGCAGGGCAGGGUGGGGCCCGCAGGUGACGAGGAGGAGGAGGAGGAAGAGCUGAGCAGCUCCUGUGAGGAGGAGGGAGAGGAGGACCGGGACGCGGAUGAGGAGGGGGAAGGGGAUGAGGACACCCCAACCUCAGCCCCAGGGUCCAGCCUGGCCGCCCGAAACCCCUACGCCCUGCUGGGCGAGGACGAGUGCUGAGUCCCUGCCCUGCGCCAUCUCCCCCCCCGCCCCACCCGUAUCUUUGCUUUUGGACUGACCUGGGGGUCUCUCCCGUCUGCCACCCCAAUUGUGAAUAAAGAUUGUCUGCUUUGUAGCCCCUUCCCCAGAUGGACUGCGGUGAGAGCAGCUGUCUCAGGCUGACAGCUGUGGGAGGCUCCGCUGCUUUUCUCCCUUCUUUUUUCGUGCAUUCUCUCUGCAAAGGAAGAGUCCUCUUAGGAGUUAAUUCAGUGGGUUCUAAGGCCUGAAACCCGCUUCCUCUGCUCACACUCCCACUUGCACCUUAGGAACCCCAUCAUCAACAUGGGGAGGGGAGGUCACUUCAGGCUUUUGAGGCCUGGUCUAAAUUCAGCCCCCUUUGGGAAUUUGUGUCAGUCCCUCUGGGAUUGGAGCAGCCCCCUGUGCCCCCCCCCUCAGCUGUCAGACCUGGUUAUUCGAGGAGCUUCUGGGAGAAGAAGCAGUAAGAGAAGAUGUCACAGCUGAUGUCUCCAGGUGAGAUAUUUAUAGGAUUUAUUCCAAUUCAACAAAUAUUUAUUGAGGUCUGACUGUGUGUCUGGACUUAUGCUAAGCACUGAACAUAUAAAGCUGCACAAACACGCCUGACCUAAAUAUACUGCCUGGUCGUGGUCAAGACCCCAUUAAUCAGGCACCUAGCUUUUUGGAUUAAGAUGGGGGUAUAAUGUCCUCCAAAUCCUUAGGGCUCAUAUAGUAUAACUCUAGAACUUCCUGUUGAUGGAGGUAUUUAGUUAAGACUCGAUGCUUGUGAAAAUGUUACUUAAACGUGUAUGAGUAGUCUUGAUUAGUGGCAAAAAAGUAGCAUGCACGUUUAUGAUUUGAGCAGAAGAGCCCUUUGAGUGUAGUGUCAAGUUUAACUAGUUAAAAGCCUGUAACACUAGGGGGUACUAGAUUCAUAGGGGAGGGCACAGAGCCAGCUUCCUGAAUCCCACUUACCCGGGUUUGAGAUGGAGCCAAGGAGACCCGGUGCAGGUUCUUAGCUGGCUUACAGUGUCAGGCACAUCUCCGCAGGGGUCAGGUCUCUUGUGAGUCAGGGCACUUUAGGCCUUGCUGUACUUCUCCCUUGUCAAGCAAGCAGCUGGACUCCCAGAUUUAAUUCUUGGAGAAAAGGAAGAAUGGGCUUUGGUUUAUUGACUGCCACAAUGUUGUCUGGGUUGGGUGGUAGCAAAAAGUGUUGUUUGAUAGGUUAGCCAUUAGGUGUAGGGGUGAGGAGAAGAGGACGUACCAGAUUCUUCUCUUCACUCUAAAGCAUUCUAUUCAGGUUCUGGGUCUUGGGCCAGUUUCUGUAAUUCCAGCAGAGACCCUGUCACCCCAGGAGCAAAAGAGGCUGAGGUGUUUGGGCCACACAUUUCCUCCAGUUCCCUCCUCCACUGGUCCCAGUGAGGGCAUACAUCCUGGAAUUUGCACUCCAAUGCAAAGUUUAAGUACUACCAGCAUGUGAAUAUGCGUGAGGGUUGCCCAAAAUGUGCCGUAAAAGAGAAAAAGUUUCAGUGGAGAGAAAAACCCACCUGUCUCCCAUCUUGGGCUUUUUACCCUCAGGGAUGGGUCUUUUGAUGGAAGAAAGAGGACCCCAACUCAGCAUCCUUUGAAGGUUCAUGAUGAUCAGGGAAGCUCAGGGGACUUCUCUGCUGCUAGAGAUGGGUUGGGGAUGUUGGAAUCAUCUCAAAAAGUGGAGAAAAGAAAAAUCAGAAUUCUGUUUGUACCCCUGCCUCUGUGCUGCUUCUCUUCACUGUCAUUUAUCUUUUGCUCUCAUGAGUUUCACCAGAGGCAUUUGGGAGAUCUGGGGGUGGGGGUGAAAGUUGAGACCUGGUGCUGGAGGGGAAGCUGAGAAGGGGGAUUUUCAUGCUGAAGACCUGAAAGGAAGCAACUCUAACAUCCCCAAGGGGCCAGACUGUAAAUGAUUCUUCCCAGGCCCCUGUCAAUACUCACUCUGUAGGAAAGUAACACUGGGAGAAGCACUAUCUUAGCAACAAAUAGAUUUGGGAGGAGAAGGGUAUAUAAUAACUGAAGACCACUGCCUGAGGCUGAGCUUGAAACUGACUAAAAGGGACAAAGGAAACCAGGGGUCCAGUCUCCCCUCCAUGAUGAAAUACCCAGGACCCCUGUCCUCACGCCCCUCCUGGGUCACAUCCACUAUGGAGACACUUGACCAUGGAGGUCUUGGGCUGUGGGAGUUCCCACAGUUCCUGGCCAGUCUCUUGAUGGUGAGAAACUAGUGCUUCUCAUUCAUGCUGGAAUUCCAUUUAGAUGCUGAACAACUUCUUCCGAGCUUCCAUUUUUCUAGACUGAGUUCCAGUCCUGGUUCUGGGACAAGGUAGCUGUGUGUGGUCCAGAGUAGUUCAAUUAUCUGGGCCUCUGUUUCUUUAUUUCUCAUUAUCAUUGAUAUAGUCAGCGAAAUUGGUUGAAAACAAUGUGCGUCAGGCAUGCUGAAUUCUGGGACAAAAAAAUUGAGUAAGGCAUAGACCCUACCCUCCAAGAAUAGAACAGCCAGACACUAAUACAGUAAUUCCAUAGCAUAUGUAAAUUAUAAAAGAAUUGCUGUAAAUGAGUCUAUUGAGUUGUAACUAAGUAAGGUGGGUAGAACUAUAAUCACCCCAAGGAUUCAUUCACCAAUCGAACGUUUGUCCAUUUGUCAAGUAAUUACUAUUUGCCAGUCACUGCUAAGUGGUAAGUGACAUAGAAAUGGUCCUUUGUGGAGCUCACAAUUUAUUGGACUAUGGAAGCAAUUAAAUAGAUAAUUACCAAAAAAGUGUGAUAAGUGCUGUGAGAAGGGUGGAACAGGGUCCUGUGGGAUAGUGGUGGCUUCAUAUAGAAGGGUCUUGUGAUGCUGGUCAGAAAGGAGUGGAGGACAGGGCUGGGAGCUGUGAUUGUAUAGCAAGUUAUAUAAGACAGAGAAGAUCAGUGGUCUGUGGUAAAGAAUUGCUAUGGGAACACCCAGCAGGGGCCAGUCUUGGUGAGUCAGAGGAAGCCUCCUAGAGGAACAGAGGUCCAAGCUGAGGCCUGAAAACUGAGCAGGAGUAAGCCAGGCAUUGAGAGGGAAAGAGCAUUCCUGAGGGGACAGCAAAGGGCAAGGAACAGCACGUAACAAUUUUGGAAGACUAACUCGUUCAGCAUGGCUGGGGCAGAGGGUUCAAGGGAGAAGUGGCGAAAGGUGAAGCUGGAGAGGCUUGGGUCAGCUCUCACUGGGCCUUGUCAACCAUGCUAAAGAUUAAGGCUUUAUCCAGAGGAGCACUGAGACCAAGAAGGAGAGAUUUGUGCCUUAGGUCACUUUGAUUGGAGUGUGGAGACUGGUUUGGAAAGGGGAGAGAGAUCAGAGGCUUUUGCAGAGAUCCCAGAGAAAGAAUGGAAACCGGAAUUAAGGGUUUUGGGGGAAGAGAGGUGUGGCUGCACACAGAGAUUUGGGUGUCAGUAACAUAUAGGUGGGAGGAGGGUAACUGAGAUCAUCCACAGAAAGUGUGUAGUGUGAGAAGAGAAGAGGGCUGAGGAAGGACAUGGAGAAUAUAAAAGGGAAGGCAGGGAAAGAGGAACCAGCAGACAGGAUAAAACCUAGGAAGUGUGGUGCAUUGAAAGCUUAGGGAAGGAGGAAGGAAGGGCGCAGUGCAGAAUGCUGCUGAGGAUUGAUGACAAGAAUGAAGAGUGUCCACUGGAUUUAGUAAAAAGCCUUGCUGAUCUUGGUGGGAGCAGUUCCAUUGGACAGAUGAGGUCAGAAUUCCCAGAUGUCAGGGGAUUGAGGAAUAAUUUGGAGGAAUGAAGUGGAAGCAGUGGAGAAAAGGAUAUAAUUUUCAAGAAGUUUGGUUGUGUUUGCAAUGAGAGAAAAACGGAGAGAGCAAAGUAUAUAAAAUCGAGGAAAACAGUUUUUUAAAGUUUUGAACAUUUUCACAGGCUGUUUAGAAGGGUCAAGUGGAGGAGGAAAGGUUGAAAAUGCAGGAAAGUGGGGAUUAGUGAUGGAACAAGCCCUGGAGAGCAGGCGGGGGUGGCACUGACAGUCCCGGUGCAGGGAUUACCCUCCCGCAGGAGCCUGGUGGCUUCUGUCGUAAUAGGAGGAAACAGCGCUGACAUUCAGCCGGUUUGCACUGGUACUGCUCAACCAGUUGUUAAAACACUUCUGUACCAGUUAGUAAGUAGUAUAAGAGUAACUGCAAUAAGCAGUAAAAAUAAUUAAUAAAAAUUAUAAUAUGAACUCAUCAGUUCAAGUAAUUAAGAGAUUGCGACAGCCAUUGGUAAAUGGGCUUCCCGCUGCACCUGAGACGCUUUGCAGCGCCAUCUGCCGGUGGAGCAUCAUCACUGCAGGCUGAGCGGCUGCUUUGAGCCUUAUUAAAUAAAUUCUUUAAAAUUACCUGUCUAAAUUAUCUUUGAAUUAUGGAGUUGCUAUUGCUUCUAAGUAGUUUAGCUUCUACUUUGAUUUUAUUGCUAGUUCAUUGUCACUCUUGUGUCCGUAGUAAACUGCAGUGUUUUAAUAUUUACAAAUUCAAGAAUUUUUAAUAAAAUAUUAAAGCCAAACUUGAAUAAAGA